AUGAUAACUGAUGAACCGAAAGUUGAAAUAACAAAAGAAGUUUUAGAAGGAUUAAAAAUUUAGAAAGUAUACAAAGACUUUGUAAUAAAAUAACUAUUAAAAAAGCUGAAAGAAAUAAAUUCUAUUGAUUUUUCAUAAAAUGGAUAAUUUUUGGUUGCUUGUGAUGAUUAAGUAAUAAAUGUUUUUGAUAUUGUUAAUAUGAAGUAUAAUAUUGGAAGUUGAAUAUAGAAAGAUUAGAACAAUGUAUAAUAAUACAUAGGAGAUUGAUUUUGUGAGAUUUACAAUAGAUUAAAAUCAUAUAAUUUGUGUUACAAAAAAUGAACCAUGUAAAUAAUUAAUUUUAUUUAAGAUGAGAUUUGGCAUUGGGCUUUUGAAGAGAAUCAAAUUUUGAGGAAAUUUUCUGGACAUACGAAAAUGUAUUGAAAUAAUAUUAUUCGUAAGAAUUUAUUAACUAGAAAUACAUAAUCAAAUAAUUUUAAGUUGUAGUUAUGAUGAGACUCUACGAUUAUGGGAGUUAAAUUAACAAUAAGAUACUUGCUAUGCAGUUUUAGACAUGAGUUCUAAACCUGAUAAUAAAAUAAUAGGGGCUUUGGAUUACAUUGGAAAUUCUUUCGGGAUGGCAUAUGUAUAAAAAGAAAAUGGUCAAUCUCUAAAUUGUGUCUAGUUAUAUUAAUUGAGAAAAUUUGAAUUAGGACCCUAUUAAAUAAAAUAAAUAACAGGAACUCCAAUAAUUCAGUUUAAGUUUAGUUUAGACAAUUAAUUUUUAUUAUGUGUUUGCUCUGAUGGUCAAAUUGUAAUUUUAGAUAGUUAUUUAUUAAAUACAGUAAUUGUCAUAAAUGCUAAAUAGUUAUUUGAAAUUCCAGGAAAUACAGAUAGGUUGAAUGUCAGUGUUUGUUUUACUCCAGAUUCUAAAUUUUUGAUUACUGGUAGUAAUAGUGGAAUCUUAUAUAUAAUAUCAAUAUAGAAUGUCAAUAAAACUUAAACUUAAACAGGAUAAUUGAUUGGAAAGCUUUAAGGACAUCAAAGGAAAUGUAAAUUAGUUUUAUUCAAUUCAAAAUAUUGUUGUUUGAUUAGUACUUGUAGAAAUCUUGUUGUUUGGACUCCAAAUCAAAUAUUGUGA